UUCGCCGAACUGUUUUAGUAUUCUCAGUGUUACCGAGUUGUUUUGAAGGUUAACCAACAAAAAAAUUGAUAAACAACAUCUGAUAAUAUUUUAUCUAAUUCCAAAGUAUAAAAUAUUUCAAAAAACGUGAGUUAUUUACGGGAGCGGUGUAGAUCAAUUCAUUAAGUGAAAAAUGGCAACUAUAGGUAAUAUGUUAAAGAGAAGUUUUUCGACCAAUGUCGCUAAACAUGCAAUACAAAAUGUAACAAUCAUAGGCGGAGGUUUGAUGGGUUCCGGAAUUGCACAAGUAACGGCUCAAGCUGGUCAAAGCGUAACCUUAGUGGACGUGAGCAACGAGAUACUCAAAAAAUCUGAAACUGCCAUUCAAACAAGUAUAGCACGUGUGGCUAAGAAAUUGCAUAAAGAUGACCCAACUGCAGCUAAACAAUUAUCCGAAGGAGUUUUGUCGCGUAUCAAAUAUGUACAUGAUACCGAAAAAAGCGUUGAAAAUGCAGAUCUUAUCAUUGAAGCUAUAAUCGAGAAUAUUGAGAUCAAACAUAAACUAUUCAAGGUUUUAGAUCAAGCCGCUCCUAAGAACACUUUGUUUGCCUCAAAUACUAGCUCUCUUUCGAUCGCUGAAAUAGCUUCUGUUACAAAAAGGAAAGACAAAUUUGGUGGUUUACACUUUUUCAAUCCAGUACCAGUGAUGAAAUUGUUAGAAGUUAUCAGAAUACCUGAAACCAGUGAUGAAACGUAUAAUUCCAUGAUGGCGUGGGGAAAAUCUAUAGGAAAAACAUGUAUUACUUGCAAAGAUACUCCCGGAUUUGUUGUCAACAGAUUAUUAGUUCCUUACAUUGCCGAAGCUGUUCGAAUGUUGGAGAGAGGGGAUGCCUCUGCUGAAGACAUUGAUAUAGCAAUGAAGCUAGGAGCCGGAUAUCCAAUGGGACCUUUAGAAUUGGCAGAUUAUACGGGUCUGGAUACUGGUGUCUUCAUUUUAGAAGGAUGGCAUAAAAAAUUCCCUGAUAACCCACUUUUUAAACCUGUAGAGCUCCAAAAAAAGCUAGUUGAACAAGGAAAACUAGGAAGAAAAAGUGGUGAAGGUUUUUAUAAAUAUUCCAAAUGAAAGGCUUGUGUUAAACUUCUUAGUAAAAAUUUUGUUCAAUUUUCGCAAUAUUGCUCAUUGCUAGAAAUAAAAAUAUUUUAAUUUAAAA